ACUGCUGAGGAACAAGAGGAAUCCUGACUGUUAUUCCCGUCUUUGCAACUUAGCAGGAUACCACAUCAAGCCGAGCACAUUUGUCUGCGAUGAGCCCCAAACAACAUUAUAAUAGACCUCAGAGCGUCAUACUGAUUUUAAUCAUAAAACUGAGCCGCGCAGGCGCACUUUGGACAAAUUACCACUCCGAUUUUACGCGAGUGCAGCCAAAUUCAGGCUCAUACAAAACACGUAAUCUACCUGAGAGUUGUCGCAGUUAAAUGAACAGACAGUCUUUGCUAAAUAUCACUUGAUGCAUUUAUAUCAACGUUACAAAUACACGUAUCGGUCCCUUUAGUUUCAAAAAUAGGCAAAGUACUCGUUUCCGGGUGCAAUGACGUCUCCACGGAAUGUGGAGGGAAUCCUCUUGAUUUAAAAUCAUCUUUGGCACCAGAUGACAUGAGCGUUCUGAAUGUCAUUUCCCCAAACAUGAAACCAGCACAGCAGACACACUCUCAGAGGUUCAGUGAGAUAAACAGGAGACCAAAUGUUCAUUAAUUCACUGUGUGGCUGUAAAAGGUUCCACAGUUACUGCUGAACAAGACCGGAAGUCACAGGAUCUCCAACUCCUAAUAAUGGGGCACUUUAAGACUUUGAAACCCUUAUUCAAAGUUCCAAAGCACUGGGUGUCUUUCACGUUUACCAAACCCAGAUGUUGUUCUAAUUCAGCCAACACAAAUCCAGCAACCAGAGAGAAGAGGAGGACUGUAGAGGAGUUCAAGUCCCAGCUGUCUUCUGGUCCAAGUUUUAAGAGUUUCAUCCAAGCAGAUCCCACGAGGAAGACUUCUGCAGCACAUGGACAGUGGUCUGAAGAGAAGAGCUAUCUUUCUGAGGACUUGGACUUGGGGAACUCAAGGAAAGUGUACUUUGAGACGUAUGGCUGUCAGAUGAAUGUGAGCGACACAGAGAUUGCCUGCUCCAUACUGCAGAGUAAAGGAUACCACAGGACGUCUGAUUUAAAAGAGGCAGACGUUGUCCUGCUGGUAACAUGCUCUGUAAGAGAGAAAGCAGAACAAACCAUCUGGAAUAGACUUCAACAGCUGACAGCGAUGAAGAAGAAACGGCCAAAGAGCCAAGCACCAAUGAAGAUAGGAAUCUUAGGUUGCAUGGCAGAGAGGCUGAAGACGGAGCUCUUAGAGAGGGAGAAGCUUGUGGAUGUUAUUGCUGGACCAGAUGCCUACAGGGACCUCCCCCGCCUGUUAGCCGUAUCUGAUGGAGGUCAUCAGGCAAGCAACGUGCUGCUGUCAUUAGAGGAGACGUACGCUGACAUCAUGCCGGUCCACCACACGGCUCAGGGGCACAGUGCUUUUGUGUCCAUCAUGAGAGGCUGUGACAACAUGUGCAGCUACUGCAUUGUUCCCUUCACCCGGGGCAGAGAGAGGAGUCGACCCAUCAGUUCCAUACUGGAGGAAGUGCGAAUACUCUCUAACCAGGGAGUGAAGGAGGUGACUCUGCUGGGUCAGAACGUGAACAGUUACAGAGACACAUCAGAAGAACAGUUCUGUGGUCCAAACAUGACCCAGCUCAGCCGGGGAUUCAAGACCAUCUACAGAACCAAACAGGGAGGUCUGCGCUUCUCUGACCUGCUGGAUCGGGUGUCACACAUCGACCCUGACAUGAGGAUCAGAUUCACGUCCCCUCACCCCAAAGAUUUCCCUGAUGAGGUUUUGCAUCUGAUUGCUGAGCGGGGGAACAUUUGUCAGCAGAUCCACCUCCCGGCGCAGAGUGGGAGCAGCAGAGUCCUGAAAGCAAUGCGUCGUGGCUACACCAGAGAAGCGUACCUCGAUCUUGUGAGCAACAUCAAGAGAAUUAUCCCAGAGGUGAGUCUCAGCAGUGACUUCAUCUCAGGCUUCUGUGAAGAGACGGAGGAAGACCACCAGCAGACGCUGUCCCUGAUCAGAGAGGUGGGCUACAAUGUGGGGUUCCUGUUUGCCUACAGUAUGAGAAAGAAAACUCACGCCUUCUAUCGACUACAAGACGACGUCCCAGCGGAGGUGAAGCAGCGAAGGCUGGAAGAGUGUAUCAGUGUUUUCAGAGAGGAGGCAGCGAGGGUCAACGUGGCUCUCAUCGGAGGCACACAGCUGGUCCUAGUGGAGGGAGAAAGUAAAAGGUCUUCACAGGACCUGUGUGGGCGGACUGAUGGAAACAUGAAAGUGAUUUUCCCAAAAGAGGAUGUGGCCGUCCAUCCUGCUGAGUCAAACACAGCUCCAGUCCAUGCUGGAGACUAUGUGCUGGUGAAGAUAUCGUCUGCCACCUCCCAGAGUCUGAGAGGCCGAGCCCUGCACCACAGCUCGCUGAGGAGCACAGAGAAGCACUCUGGACUGAUGAACACCCUGCCCCUGUCUGAAACAGAGCUCAGACACUGACCUCCUCAGAUGACGACACACAGAGGGUGUUUAUACGGACAUUUGAGUUGUUCUACUGUCAGAUUGGACUGUGAUGAUGAGUGUUAUUUAUACAGCUGCUAUCUCUCUACAUAUUAAACUGCUGAAGAGACCACAACA